GUAGAUGGGAGUGGUUUUGCAGUCCCAACAGACCUCCAGGGCGGUCAUUGACAGUGGAGAGAGCUUUUCUGUUGUCCCUGACUGGAUCACUGGGCUGUGGGGGUGGGAGCCCAGUGGCAGGCGCUUGGGCUGUGGGGCAGGAAGGCACAGCCAUCAGCACAGCACCUAGACCCGGACAGCUCACAGACCCUGGGAGCUGCUGUCCUUCGCGAUGUGGCUCUGUGCUCUCUUCCUGGCCACUGUAACCACUUCCUGCGUUUGGGCAGGUCGCCCGUCCUCGCCGCCUGUGGUGGCCACCGUGCAUGGCAAAGUCCGGGGGAAGCACGUCCACCUGGAAGGAUUCUCACAGCCUGUGGCCGUGUUCCUGGGAGUGCCCUUUGCCAAGCCCCCGCUCGGAUCCCUGAGGUUUGCUCCGCCGCAGCCUGCAGAGCCGUGGCACUUUGUGAAGAACACCACCUCCUACCCGCCCAUGUGCCCCCAGGACCCAGUAGCAGGGCAGAUGGUCUCCAAUCUCAUUACCAACAGAAAGGAGAACAUUCUUCUCACAUUUUCCGAAGACUGUCUUUACCUGAAUAUUUACACUCCUGCUGACUUGAGGAAGAACAGCAGGCUGCCGGUGAUGGUGUGGAUCCACGGAGGUGGUCUCGUGGUGGGCGGGGCCUCAACCUAUGAUGGCCUGGCCCUCUCUGCCCAUGAGAACGUGGUGGUGGUGACCAUUCAGUACCGUCUGGGCAUCUGGGGAUUCUUCAGCACAGGGGACGAACACAGCCGGGGAAACUGGGGCCACUUGGACCAGGUGGCCGCGCUGCGCUGGGUCCAGGACAACAUCGCCAACUUUGGAGGGAACCCAGGCUCUGUGACCAUCUUUGGAGAGUCAGCAGGAAGCGAAAGUGUCUCUGUCCUUGUUUUAUCUCCUCUGGCCAAGAACCUCUUCCACCGGGCCAUUUCUGAGAGUGGUGUGGCCCUCACUUCUGCUCUGGUCCACAAGGGUGACAUCAAGCCCCUGGCAGAGAAAUUGGUGUGUCAUGCUGGGUGUAAAGAAACACCACUCGGUGUCAUGGUUCACUGCCUGCGCAGAAGGACAGAGGAGGAGCUCUUGGAGGCCACGUUUAAAAUGAACUUUUUUGUGAUCGAUUUAGUUGGAGACCCCAGAGAGAGUCACCCCUUCCUGCCCACGGUGGUGGAUGGAGUCAUGCUGCCCAAAUCCCCUGAAGAGAUUCUGGCUGAGAAGAGUUUCAACACUGUCCCCUACAUUGUUGGCAUUAACAAGCAAGAGUGUGGCUGGAUCCUUCCAACGUUGAUGGGCUAUCCGCUUUCUGAAGGCAAACUGGAUCAGAAGAUGGCCACGUCACUCCUGGGGAAGUCCUACACCACUGUCGGCAUCCCUGAGGAGCUGACUUCAGUAGCCAUUGAGGAAUAUUUAGGAGGAACAGAUGACCUUGUCAAAAAGAAAGACCGGUUCCUGGACUUGAUGGGAGAUGUCAUAUUUGGUGUUCCAUCUGUGAUCGUGGCCCGACACCACAGAGAUUCCGGAGCCCCCACCUACAUGUAUGAGUUUCAGUAUCGCCCGAGCUUCUCAUCAGUCGUGAAACCCAAGACAGUGAGAGGGGACCACGGGGAUGAGAUCUUCUCUGUCUUCGGAGCGCCACUUUUAAAAGAUGGUGCUUCAGAAGAAGAGAUCCAACUUAGCAAGACGGUGAUGAAAUUCUGGGCCAACUUUGCUCGAAAUGGGAACCCCAAUGGGGAGGGGCUGCCCCAUUGGCCAGCAUACGACCAGAAGGAAGGGUACCUGCAGAUUGAUGUCCCCACCCAGGCAGCCCAGAAGCUGAAGGAGAAGGAAGUGGCUUUCUGGACCAAGCUCCUGGCAAUGGAGAAGCCACCACAGACAGAACACACUGAGCUCUGAAUAGGAGGCCCCACCAGCCUGCAGAGCCUGGAGGAGCCAAGACAGGGCUAUUCUACAGAAGGUGAUCGGGGGUCAGAGAGCAUUGCAUUGUGGGGGCUGGAGAAUUGUCUGCUGCGGGUGGACACAGGGCAGGGAGGGGCGGUUUUUGCCCUGUCACCUUAAUUGUGGGAAUAAAUCUUCUUUUAGAGGCCAAAUCA